AUGUCAUACCUGCGCUGCUGGAGCAAGGUGGACGCAGUUCAGACCCCACCUGCGGAGGCUGUGUGCACCGGCUGCUGCGGUGUGGAGACCCCCUGCAGGGACCAGGACUCAGUGGCCUUUGAGGAUGUGACUAUAAAGUUCACCAUGGAGGAGUGGGCUCUCCUGGAUCCAUCCCAGAAGAAACUCUACAGAGAUGUGAUGCAGGAAACCUUCAGGAACCUGGCCUCAAUAGGUAGGAAUGACAACAUUCUUACUUACUAAAUCAAUUAGAGAUCCAAUGUAACUUGCUAUUUCAAGGGAAA